AUGGCCUCCAACAGCGGACAACCCCCGCAUCGCUGCGUCGACUACCACGUCGCGUGGAUCUGCCCCGUCGCAAACCUCGAGCUGCUGCCCGCGCGGCUGAUGCUGGACGAGGAGCACACCCCACCGCCCUACGACACACACUACGACGAUAACACAUACAUCUGCGGCAUGAUCAACGGCCAUGCCGCCGUCGUCGCGACCUGUCCGCAGGGCGAGACGGGCAACGUCAACGCCGGUCGCUUGACUGGGCCCAUGUUCAGGACGUUCCCUAACAUCAGAAUGGCCCUCCUCGUCGGCAUUGGAGGCGGCAUCCCUCGUGCCAUCGCCUCGGACGACCCGCUCGACGACAUCCACCUCGGAGACGUCGUGGUGGGGUGGCCCGGCGACGGGAAGCCGGCCUGCGUCUACCACGACCGCGGGAGGGCCAGGGUGGACGGCGAGUUUGAGAUGGUCGGCACUAUGCAGAACCCAGACUGGCGGCUCCUUAACGCGCUUAGCAUUCUUGUGUCAGACCACGAGAUGGGAAAAACCACGUUUGCCAGACAGCUCGAGCGGCUACGGAAACAUAAGAAGCAUAGGGCAUUCGCCCACCCUGGCCUCGAGCACGACCGGCUAUAUAAGGCGGCGUACCUCCACGUUGGGGGCUAUGGAUCCAAGUGCGCGACAUGCGACCCGAACGAGCUCGUGCAGCGGCCCGCAAGGACGGAAGACGACAAGGACCAGCUGGUGUUCCACUUAGGGAGGGUCGCGACAGGCAAUGCCGUCAUCCAGGACGGUGAGCAGCGUGACAGAAUCGGUGCGAGAUGCGAUGGAGCACUCUGCGUCGAGAUGGAGGCUGCGGGCGUGGACGCCAACCGACAGUGUCUGGUGAUCCGCGGCAUCUCCGACUAUGCGGACUCGCACAAGGGCGACAAAUGGAGAUCUCACGCGGCGGGAAAUGCGGCGGCAUUCGCCAGAGAGCUGCUCUGCAAGAUCCAGCCAGCUGUGGUUAGGGAUAUGAAAAGUGUGACCGAAGCGCCUUGGGCCGUUCCAUUCGCGAGACCGCCAUCCUUCGUCGGCCGAGAGACGCAACUCGCUAAGCUCGACGCACACAUCUCGUCAGAGGGCUGCAGACGGCUCGCGAUAUACGGGCUUGGCGGGUGCGGGAAGACAGCCCUUGUUCUUGAGUCGACAUAUCGCACGAGGGAGCAGCAGCCUGCCCGCGCCAUCUUCUGGGUGCCAGCAGUCAGUCGAGAGAGCUUUGAGCAGGCAUACCGCGACAUAGGGGCGCUCUUGCGCAUACCCGAGAUUGCAGACGAUAAUGCGGACGUCAAGCGGCUCGUUAAGGCGUGGCUGAGCAACGAAGGCUUCGGACCGUGGUUGAUGGUCGUCGACAACGCCGACGACUUUGGCAUUUUGCGUGAUGCGGAAAGCGGUAAGACUCCGUUGAUAGACUACCUCCCACACAGCAAUCGCAAGGGCUCUAUUGUCUUUACCACUCGGACUCGAGAGGCUGCAGUUGACUUAGCUGGAAGCAAUAGUGUAGAGCUAGGGGAGCUGGGUGAGGGAGAGGGAAAGGAGGUAUUGAGGACGCGCCUACUGCCGGACAAUCAACAUCUGCUCGAGGAUGGCCAGGUGGUUUAUGAGUUUCUCAAUAUGCUCACCUUUCUCGCGCUUGCGAUUGUUCAGGCAGCCGCCUUUAUCAACAAGAACAACAUCACGCUCGCUGACUAUAUGUCGGUCUACAAAGACAGCGAGGAAGACGCGAUUAAGCUCCUAAGCAAGGAGUUUGAGGAUCACGGCAGAUACCGAGAUGCGAGGAACCCUGUGGCAACGACAUGGUACAUCUCGUUCAAGCAGAUCCGAAAGCAGGAUCCACUAGCCGCAGACUAUCUCUCUUUCAUGGCAUGCACAACUGGCGAGAACAUCCCAGGGUCGCUGCUGUUACCUGGCAGUAGCAGACUAGCGGCGAUGGAGGCAGUUGGCACGUUAGAUGCAUACGCUUUCGUUACCGAACGCCGACAGCCACUAGGAAGAAGGGAUACGCAGCACCCAGAAAAAAUGUUUGACAUGCAUCGACUAGUCCGCUUGGCAAUGCACAACUGGUUGAGAGAGCACGAGCAGUGGGAUGCUUGGGUGAACAAGAUACUAACGCGGCUGGUCGAGGUGGUUCCUUACGGUGACCAUGAAAGAAGAGAGGUAUGGACGGCGUAUCUGCCCCAUGCUAUGCAUGUUGUGGAGUUGCCUGAGGUGUACGAGGUGGAAAGCCGGGUGUCGCUGCUGGACCGGCUAGGAUGCUGUGAGCAAAGCCUGGGGCGGUACAACUCUGCGGAGAUGACUCAGCGAAAGGUGCUUGUACUACGGGAAAAUAUGCUAGGAAAGGAGCACCCAGCCACGCUGACGAGCAUGGGUAAUGUGGCCCUAGCACUGAGCCGGCAGGGGAAGUACUGGGCGGAGGCGGAGAAGAUGCAUCGAGAAGAGCUGGCACUGUGCGAGAAGGUGCUAGGAAAGGGGCACCCAGAUACGCUAACGAGCAUGAACAAUGUGGCAUGGACACUAAGCGGGCAGGGGAAGUACGUGGAGGCGGAGAAGAUCCACCGAGAAGAACUAGCACUGUGCGAGAAGGUGUUAGGAAAGGAGCACCCAGACACGCUGACGAGCAUGAACAAUGUGGCAUUGGCACUGAGCGGGCAGGGGAAGUACGUGGAGGCGGAGAAGAUGCAUCGAGAAGUACUAGCACUGCGCGAGAAGGUGCUAGGAAAGGGGCACCCACGCACGCUGACGAGCAUGAACGAGGUGGCAGUGGCACUGAGCGGGCAGGGGAAGUACGUGGAGGCGGAGAAGAUCCAUCAAGAAGUGCUGGCACUGCGCGAGAAGGUGCUAGGAAAGGAGCACCCAGACACGCUGACGAGCAUAAACAAUAUGGCAUUAGCACUAAGCGGGCAGGGGAAAUACGCAGAGGCGGAGAAGAUACAUCAAGAAGUGCUAGCGCUGCGCGAGAAGGUGCCAGGAAAGGAGCACCCAGACACGCUGACAAGUACCUACUAA